AUGAUAUACAUUUUCUGUUGGUUUUUGCAAAUCCACUGGCCAUUCCGUCUGAAAGAAGGGGCCAGCAGGCCUCCAAACCGUGGAGACGUUCUGGAGUUCGACAUGGAAGGCGUGUGGAGAGAAAUGGAGUCUCUCGUCAAGGAAAACCUCGUUAGAGACACUGGAGUCUCCAAUUACACCGUCAAGAAACUAAACAAGCUCAUCGGAUUCGCUCAGAUUAUGCAUUCCGUUUGUCAGGUUGAGAUGCACCCUGGUUGGCAAAACGACAAAUUGCUCCAAGCCUGCCAGCAAAAUGACAUCCAUGUUACGGCUUACUCGCCGCUGGGAUCGUCGGAAGGUGGCAGGGGUCUGAUCCACGAUCAGACCGUGGAAAGGGUCGCAGACAAGCUGAACAAAAGCCCUGCUACGGUUCUGGUGAAAUGGGCUCUCCAGAGAGGAACAAGCGUCAUCCCGAAAUCAACCCACCAGAAUCAAAUCAAACAGAACAUUCAAGUUUUCGACUGGGAAAUUCCUCAAGCCGAUUUUCAGAAACGGGUGCUGGAUGGGGAAGAACUGUUCGUCAACAAAACCGAAGGCCCUUUUAGGAUAAUGGCCGAUCUCUGGGACCAUGACGACUGA